AUGGGCUUGCUACAUCGCGACCACACGAAGCCACACGACCCUCCGCCGUCCGACGAGGACAACGACCAAGACGACGCCCCUGCCGCCGCCGACAAGCCUGCCGGCCCUAGCGCGGCGGCCAGCCGCUCCUCCAACAGCGGAAGGCGGCCGGCUCCUGAGAGCGCUGACGGAUCGUCAGCGUCGGCGCGGCGCGGCAGCGCACCUCCCAGCCCGUCGCACGGCAUGGCGCCGUCCGUGUCGUGGGAGGGGCAAUGCGGUUCGCGAGGCGCAACCGCGGAGUCUCCUCGCUACGCGAACGCGCCGCCGCAGCAGCCGCAAAUGCGCGGCCGCCCACGUCCGCAAGCAGUUCAAGCGCCGUCGCCACGUGGCGCUCAAGCCGUCUCACGGUCCUUCAACGACGGCGGGGCUGAAUCCCCGCACACUCCGCCGGACCAGCCCCCUCCGCGCAUCGGCCCAACAGCCUCGUCGCCGCACUCCGGCGCCGGGCCGCGUGCGCUGCCGCGGCCCAAGACCGGGGAGCAGCUUCAAGGCCCGCCGCUGCCGUCGCCGCGGGGAACGGCUUCCCCCAAGACGUGGAGCAGCAAUCCCGACGGUGCCGCCCCGGGGCACGCCGCGCCGCGAAAGAACCGAGCACCUUCCAUCCGGGUCGAAGGGUCGGCGGGCGACGACGGCGAGGGGAGGUGUUCAGGCCCCCCCGUCGCUAGUAGCGGCGGUACAACGCCGAGGGGCGGAGUGGCGCGGCCAGGUUCAUCGACGGGUCGUCGCGAGCCCAACCGCGCGAGCAGCAUGGGCGAUUUCCCCGACGCCCGCGUCGCCGACGGUGGCACCAGCGGCGCUCUCAUGCCCCCACUGUCGCCCCUCGGCAGCGCAGCUGGUGGCGCGCGAUCGGCGGCAGGCGCGCGCGGAAGGCGCGCGGUGACGAAGCACGCGAGUCUGGGUAACCAGGAGUACGAUCGCAUGCACGUCGCCACCUCGCCGGGCCCGGGCAACCCCAGCCUGUCGCCGCUCAACGCGCCCGCCGUACCCUGGGCAGGCGUGAAGCAGGCGGCUGGCGGAACGCGCGCUGGGCUCACCCCGGGUGCCUCCCCGCCGAGCGGCGGAGACAUGGUGAGGGCAGCGGAAGGCGCGCACGGGGGAGCCCGGAGGGCGUCGAAGCACAUGAGCCUGGGGAAGGAAGACUACCUGCGCAUGGAGGCCGCGGGCAGCGGAUACCUGCCCUCCCCCUCCCCGCCGCCGCCCCAUGCCCGCGCCUCAGCCGGCCCUGGUGCUGGCGCUGCUGGUGCGGCGGCUGCUGGUGGUGCGCAUGCCGGCCGGGUGAAGCCGGGGAGGCGCGCGAGCAUGGGCGCGGAUGGCAUGGAGGCCAUGAUGCGCGCAGCGGCGGCGGCCGCCAGCGACGGCCGGCGCAAGAGCGUCGAUGACACGGCGGCGCCGCCCCAGGGCUGGGAAAAGUCCUGGAUAGGCGGCGGCGAGGUGAAGGGUGGUGAGAGGCGGAGCGAGCCGGGUCGCGAGCGAACGCGCAAAGAGCAGAGAAACGAGGCGGAGGAGGGGAGGAGAGCGGGCGAGGAGGGCGGAGCGGAGGGGGGAGCGGCGGACGAAGUCGUGGGGGAGGACCCAUGCGGCAGUCCCGUUCUGGGCGUGCAGGGGCGCGCGGAGGAGGCGGCGUGGGCGGAGGAGUCGGCGGAGAGCGUGGGGGCGCGUAGUGGCGGGGAGGUGUCCGCGAGGGCGGGAAGCGGCAAGAAGGGCAGUCUGGCGCGGAGCCUGACGGAGGACGAGGAGGCGCGCGACGAAGCGCCGGCUGAGCGGCCGCGCGGGAAGUCGAAGGCGCAGGCGAGUCCCAAGGCGAGCCCGAAAGGGCCGAGCGGGCGACGGCUUGCGCGGCCGAUGGAGGAGGACGAGGGCGCGGAGGACUCGGGCGGAGCGGCGAAGGCAAUGACGGGCGGGCGGGGGAAGGCGGCAGCGGAGGCGAGGGGCGCAGGGAAGGGGCGAGUGAAACCGCGCAGCAUGGAGGCGGACGAGGGGGGUGGCGAGGGCGAGUGUCAAGGGCGCUCCAGCGAGAGAACGGUGAGGGGGGAAGACGCAAAGGGCUUGGGCGCAGGCUGUGCGAAGCGGGGUAGCCUGGCGCGGAGCCUGCGGGACGACGACGAGGAGAAGGCGCGCGCGGUGGGGAAGGCGGGAGGCAGUCUUGUGAGGUGCCUGUCGGACGAUGAGGAGGAAGACGCACAUGCGGUAGAGGCGAACAAGGCUAAGGGGCGCGUGAGGGGUGCAGAGAGCGAGCAGCACAGAGCGGCCGGCGGAGCGAAGCAGAAGGCGGCGAAUGGGAUCUCAGGCAGGAAAGGCGGCUCGCUGGCGCGGAGCAUGACGGAGGAUGAGGAUGACGAUGCGCCUUCCCCACCGCGUGCAGGCCGCGGGGAGGGCAAAGGCGGACGGGGCGUGCAGGUGAGGGAGCAGGCGACGGGGAAGGCGCGGGCAGAGGGGGCGAGCUCAAAGGGGCGGGCGAGAGAGGAGGUGGAAAGUGGAGAAGGCGUGGCGGCGGUGAAGGCAGGAGGCAGCCUGAUGAGAUGCCUGUCGGACGAUGAGGAGGACGCGGAUGCAGGGAAGGCGAGCAAGGCCGAGGGGCACUACGAUGAGGCAAAUACGGGCGCGGGGCGGGGACAUGACGGCGGAGAGAGCAAAAGCGGACGUGAGGUUGCGGGGCGGGGCGCGCAGGUGAGGGAACAGCGGAAAGGGAAGGUGCGGGGGGAGGGGGCGAGCCCAAAGGGGUGGGCGGGAGCGGAGAGAGAAAGUGGAGAGGGUGUGGCGCGCGGGAAAGCGGUGGGUGAGGCAGAGGAGGUCCGUGGGGACAAGGUGCGCGCGGUGGGGAAGGAAGGAGGCAGUCUGGUGAGGUGCCUGUCGGACGAUGAGGAGGACGCGGAUGCAGGGAAGGCGAGCAUGGCUGAGGGACAUAUGGCGGGUGGAGAGAGCGAGCAGCACGGCGCUGGUGGCAGAGCAAAGCAGAAGGCAAUGAACGGCACUUGUGGAAGAAAGAGUGGUUUGCUCGCGAGGAGCAUGACUGAGGAUGCUGACGAGGAUGCGGAUACGGGCGUGGCGGAGGGGCAUGGUGGCGGGGAGAGCAAAGGCGGACGUGAGGGUGCAGGGCGGGGCGUGCAGGUGAGGGAGCGGACGAAAGGACAGGCAUGCGCGGAGGGGGAGGGCGCAACCAGGCAGGCGAGAGGGGAGAUGGAAAAUGGAGAAGGUGUGGUGCAGGGGAAGAUGGUGAGUGGGGAAGAGGAAAUACAUGGGGACACGGCGCAUGGGGAAGGCAUGGCAGGAGGCAGCCUUGUGAGGUGCCUGUCAGACGAUGAGGGGGACGCACAUGCGGCACAGGGGAGCACGGCUGAGGGAAGUAAGGCUGAGGGGCAUGUGGCGGGUGGAGAUAACGAGCAGCACGCAGAUGCUGGAGGAGCGAAGCAGAAGGCGGCGAGUGCCAACGCGGGAAGGAAGAGCAAGCUGUUGAUGCGCAGCAUGACGGAGGAUGAGAGCGAGGAGGAAGCGGAAGUGCCCGCCAAGCCCAUGCCGGCCAAGCCCAUGCCGGCCAAGGUUGUGGAUGAGCCAAAGGCCGCAAGCCGGGCACAGGGGGCACGGGGAGGACAAGGUGGGGGCCGGGGAGCAGGGGUGACUAGGAGGGCUCCCCGUGAGGUGGGGCAGCGGGCAGGGCGGGGAGUGGCAGGGCAGCAGGGCCGGGCGGAGCAGGCAGCACAGAUGGCACCCGCAGAGGAGUUGCCAGAGGCGCAGGGAGGCGAGAAGGAGAAGGGGAAGCGAGGCAUUGGCGGACUGAUGAGCAGGCUCAAGGUCCUUGCCAUGUGA